AUGACGCAAAUUGACCAGAACGAAUACCUGAGCUUAAUAAAGGCGUCAUAUUUCAAGAUGGAUCGUGACACUGAGCGAGGAGCUGUUCACCACCCUCUUUAUUCGAAGCUAGUGGAUGAGCCUACGUGGGCUAAGUUUGUUUUCCUAUCGGCGCUUUACCCAGAUAUUUCACGUAUCAUAAGAAGAGAUCCAACACCAUUUCAACGGCAAAUGAUAUCAGCAUUUAAAUCCAUUGAGAUCGAAAUUGAUUAUAAAGGCUAUUUGUUUUACAAACCUAAAUCUCAGCGCGAUGACCUUCAAGACAAAAUAUUUUCGUCGCCCCCAUCUGGCCCUCACUCCGAUCUGCUAAACACAAUAUCGACUAUGCAAAAUGCAAUUAUGAAGUUAGACGAGAAACUUGACGCAACAAGAGAGGAGAUGAGACAGCAACGCGAGCAACACGAGCAGCAUGAGAAGACUAUGCAAAAUGCAAUUAUGAGUCUGAAUGAGAAGUUUGACGCAAUAAGAGACGAAAUGAGACAGCAAGUCGAGGAGUCGAAACGGAAGUUCAAGACGGGAAUCGAAAGAAUCCUUCAGCUAUACUCUUGAAAUGUGGCCGAAGUUGUCGACGUUACACGCAAUAACGAUUCGGCGGCGAUCAAGUUGGAAACUGCGUCGACGACAUCUGCAAUAGAGUCAUAUAUGGAAAGGCGAUAGUCGGGCAUCGACUCGAGAGUGCUGCCGGAAUUGAAGUCGGUGAUUCCAUGAUCCGUCAAGCGGUCAACUUUUACUUGAAUAACACCCUCUCUUCUUUGCAUUUGACCUGAGGGGUCAACUUUUUUUUGCUUUUGCUAUAAAAAGGCGCGUUGCGGCUAUAGGAGGUUUUCAUAGGAUUGGGCAAUGGUAGUAUGAACAUCAUAAUAGACAUGAUGUUUUUAAGAGACCACUCUCUCAAAGCGAAAGAAACUAAAAAUGAUUGCUUGAGAUUGUAGUUGUUUC